ACAUGUUUUGACAAAACAGAAAUAACCUUCUUUUACCACUUUUCUAAAAGUUUUCCGUAUAGUUAAUUAAAUAAUCUUCACGAACGAUGUAAAUUGUGUAAACGGUCUAAUUAGGCGAUCUAAUUAAAUUGUAACGUUGAGUUAAAAUGUUACAAAGAAGCCGAUUUUUACUUGAUCUGGAUUUGCAAUUGUGAUAUAAGAUGUGACAUCUUUCCGCAGUAAUGAAUUCGUCUGAUGGGUUUGCAUUAAACAGAACAGUAGAGGAUGCUUCUCCAAGUGAACUGUCGACUUCGGAUAGUAAUGCCAAUCUCAACAACAGCCAUCAAAGCAAAGGUGCAAUACCGAAGAUUCGACAAACCAAGCCGAAUUCGAUAUCAAAGAAAUCUGUAAAGCUUAACAAUAAUGAAGAAAUGUUGAUUCCUAAAAAUGGUACCGAUAUCGCAGAAAAGGUCUAUCAGCUACACUCGGAUAUAUUGAGAUUUAAUGGAUAUUCGCCGUCCACAGUGUCGCGAAAUUAUUUAGAUGAUUAUAAAACUGUGUAUAGAUCUGGUAGUGCUAAUUGCGAAGUUAACAAUUCGCAAAGUGAUGAUAACGAUGAGAGUAUCGACACAAACAGUUUUUUGGAACAGCCUCAAGUCGUUGUGUACCAGCCAAGUUGUAGCUCUAAAGAUGAUUUAAACGUGUUGUUAAAGGCAGAGACGGAAAGCAACUGUAGUGACGAAACUGAGCUUCUUUCCAUAUCAGAUGACGGAUGCAUUUAUACUUACAAAGGGGAUCACGUUGCCGACCUCCCCAGCUCUUUCUUUAGUUUGGAUGUACCGCUCGCAAGAAGUCCCGAAGUUCCAGCGAAUAGGCAAGACAAUGCAAGCCCCGAGAUGGAUUUUCUCGAAAUGGAUUUUGACCCGGGACCAUCGGGAGAUGCCGAUUCCGAUUCGCAGUCCAAUGCGGAUAUGGAAAAUACGGAAAAUUUGCCACAGGAUCCAACAUUUUGUGGUAUGAAGGAUGCGUGCGAUUUUAAAGUUUGCGAUGACAGACCCACUUCUGCAGAACCAGCAUUUUCUCAUCUGAGCAUUGAUGACCACGACACGCCUCUUGCAAUCCCACCGGUGAUGGAACCUGAAGAUGGAAGCAUGGUGUUAAGCAUAGAAGGUGAUUGUUCAUCUACUGGCCAUGAGGAUAACGAGACUCUUGAAACGACGUCAUCCAUCACUGAAAUGAUUAAAAAAAUUCCAAAAACGCCCUGGUCGUGUACUUUGUCGGAGCGUAGUACUGCCUCAAAGUACACCUCACGUUACAGUAGGCGUUUGCAUUGUACUCUCGGUGAAUUCACUUUACCUACAGAAAAAGUGUCUUCGCCCAGUGAUGACUAUCCCUCCUCUGUAAGUAAUACUACCGCACAUUGCUCUAACAAUAAGAAAACGAAGGGAACAAUGAUAUGGACAGAGGAAGAAGCUAGCAAAAAGCAAAUCACCCAAAUUGGAGCGUCUGCUUGUGGCGCUACCGCCGUGCUGAACGUUUUAAACGCUCUCAGGUUGCCCGUACCACCAAUCGAGAAGGUACGCGACGCUGUCAGGACGCGAUUGCGUUUAACCGGUGGCACUCUAACAGAAUACCUUUUAUCGAGAAGUGUCGCCGGCAGUACGCAUCUCGACCUAAUUAACGGUUUAAGUGUGCUUUCGGAGGGAGAAAUUUACGCGCGUUUUUUUCAUCUGUAUCCGGAGCGCUUAGUCAAUUUAAACGAGUGGUUACAGUUUUGGAUAUCGCACGGCGCGGUGCCGAUCGCGACGUUAAAUUUACAAAAGACGCACGGAACGAUCCCGGACGCCUGGCAUCAUCAAAUGAUCUACGGUGUGGGAAAACGCGAGAUAUAUUUUACUAAUCCUUUGGAAUGCGUCGAUAUAGGACAGUUGUGGCCUCAACUAUCAUCGGAGUCAGUUUUGUUAAUUCGAAAAGAGGACGUAUUAAGUCGGUGGAAUGUAAAAACAGACCUUACUGAACUUAUGAACGCGAGCAAUGAGAGGUGGUGCAGUUUAAAUGUAGUUGGACAAGUUGCUAAUAUGAUUCGACAAAGUAGGAAAGAACCUAGACUAGGAUUCACGAGCACAAGCCACAUCAAAAUACCUGCCGCAUAUCUAUCUGGAAUUACGUUAGCCAUGUCAAAAGACGCACCUUUGUUACCUAUUCUAAUGUUUUGUCCAGAAUUACCUUUAUUACCCUCCAAAGAUGAAGCAGUCGGUUAUUCUCACAGCGCCCAUUAAGCAAUACAAUAACAAAUCAAAAUUAUGAUAUUUAAGGUAAAUUAUUUUUAAUUAUAGAAAAACAUAUUAUGUUAAAAUUAUGAGCAUGCAAGAAAUGGUAAAAUUAUGUCGGAAAAUUUGAAAAUUCUUACAACCAAAGAUAUUUACACAGACAAUUGAAAAGACAAGUGAUAUUGGUUGCAUUAUAAAGUGCAAAGUGACAUUACUGCUUGUACAUAUCAAUUAUAUAUUAAACUAUGGCAUCGUCGACAGUUAUCGCUAUAUUUGGUAAUAUUGUAUCAUCCAUUAACAAUUUCCAUAUAGAUUUUGUACAUAUGUAAAACUAAAGGUCACUGUGUUAUAUUUAUAUUUUCAAUAUGUACGCUAAUAAAAUAUUUACAACAAGAAUUUCUUA